UUAACGAGGCACCGAUUCCAAAACCCAAAAGGUUCACAAAAUUGUUCUUAACUUUUUUUUUCCUGGGGGGCAAAACUGAUCACUCUUUUCCUUAUUUAAGAAAGGCACACCAGAGAUCCAAAGCAGGUCAGUGACCCUUGAGUAGGAGUAAAAAUGGAAGCAAAAGCUCUCUUCUUCUUUGCUUUGUUAUCCUUUUCAGUGUUGUCCUUCAGGCCUGCUUUUGCAGACAAUGAAGAAGAGCAAGACCCAGGUCUUGUUAUGAACUUCUAUAAGGACUCAUGCCCUCAAGCAGAGGACAUCAUCAAAGAACAAGUCAAUCUGCUCUACAAGCGCCACAAGAACACUGCUUUCUCUUGGCUCAGAAACAUCUUCCAUGACUGUGGUGUUCAAAGUUGUGAUGCUUCAUUGCUUCUGGACUCAACAAGGAGGACCUUGUCCGAGAAGGAGACAGACAGGAGCUUUGGUUUAAGGAACUUCAGGUACAUUGAGACCAUCAAAGAAGCUGUGGAGAGGGAGUGUCCUGGAGUUGUCUCCUGUGCUGAUAUUCUUGUUCUCUCUGCUAGAGAUGGCAUUGUUUCGCUGGGAGGACCUCACAUUCCUCUCAAAACAGGAAGGAGAGAUGGCAGGAAGAGCAGAGCAGAUGUGGUUGAGCAAUACCUCCCAGAUCACAAUGAAAGCAUGUCUGCUGUCCUUGACAGGUUUUCUUCAAUUGGGAUUGACACUCCUGGAGUGGUUGCCUUGCUAGGAGCACACAGUGUUGGUAGAACCCACUGUGUCAAACUGGUGCACCGUUUGUACCCAGAAGUGGACCCUAGACUCAACCCUGACCAUCUCCCACACAUGCUCCACAAAUGCCCUGAUGCAAUCCCAGAUCCUAAAGCUGUACAGUAUGUGAGAAACGACCGUGGGACACCCAUGGUGCUGGACAAUAACUACUACAGAAACAUAUUGGACAACAAGGGUUUACUGAUAGUGGAUCACCAACUAGCCACUGAUUCAAGGACAAAGCCUUAUGUGAAGAAAAUGGCCAAGAGUCAGGGCUACUUCUUUAAGGAGUUCUCAAGGGCCAUCACUCUUCUCUCAGAGAACAAUCCUCUGACAGGCAAAGAGGGUGAGAUCAGAAAGCAGUGCAAUCUUGCUAACAAGCUCCACUAGAAGCUUAAUUUACUGCUACAUAGUCUACCUCUUUUGUUUGUAUGAGAGGGACAAUAAGGUGCUCAUUCUAGAUAUAUGUUUGUUUUUAAAUGGGCAAAAUGUUGGUCCUAGUGAGUGGUUUGAUUGCAUGAACUGUUUUUCAGCUUAGUUUCACAUUUCUGUUGUUGCUGUAAUGUUUUAGUGUUUUUGUUGGAGAUGGGGAUAAUGGAUUGUGACAUGUAUGUAUAUAUUUAUGUAUUGGAUUAUAGUGGAUGGUGUAUGAAGUGAUGAUUAAUGCUC